AUGGUAGCCAGCACAUCUCUCUCGCCGAUGCAGUCGGCCACAUCAUUUCCCGCGUCGCCUUCAUCCGGGCCCCGAAAACGCUCAAUUCACGAGGUUGAUGAUGCUCACAUACCCUCGCCAAAUGCGAAGCGACCACUGACCGAGUUCGCCGGCGAAAACCAAGAAAAUCACGAUCCUUCUAUUUCGCCCUCCCAGACUGACGACGUUAUUUCCCCGCCAGUUGAAAUCAAGCAUACCCUUCCACCUCCCCCUCGCGCUGGUGCCCCAGGAUUAACUUCUACAGGCGCAAAUGCUGCCUCUAGUCAAGAGCCCGAUACUCCGGCCUCCAAGAAACGCAAGGUAGUCUCUGCUGGCACAGAUUCCAAGCAACAAGAAAAAGAAGCCAAAGAGCGCCAAAAGGCCGAGGAGAAGGCGAGAAAGGAGGAAGAGAAGGUGAGGAAAGAGGAGGAAAAAGCUAAGAGAGAAGAAGAGAGGCGCCUGAAGGCAGAAGAUAAAAAGAAGCGCGACGCUGAGCGCGACGAGGAGAAACGACAUAGGGAAGAAGAAAAACGGAAGAAGGAUGCUCAACGUGAAGAGGAACGCAAGCAGCGCGACGAAAAGAAGAAAGCCAAGGAAGAUGAAAAGGCUGCCAAGGAAGAAGAAAAGCGUAAAAAGGACGAGGAGAAGGAGAAGAAGACUCGAUCACAACUGAAACUAAACUCCUUCUUUGCCAAACCACCGGCACCUUCUGCUUCAUCAGGGCAGGUCAUCACCGCUCCUUCGCCCAAGAAGCCGUCUACUACAGCCGAGCCCUCUCGCGAAACUCGUAGCGUGCAAUCAGAUUAUGCGCGAGAGUUUCCUGCUUUCUUUUUACAAUCCCAUACCUCUGUGGCACCUCCUCAUCGAUUUGAGCGUGAUCCUGAAGCCCUCAAGCACGUACGCGAGACGAUCGAUACAUGUCUGCGCAACGAAACCCCCGCCCAAAUACAUCCAUUCCGUCCAUCGGAAGUCUUCCAGAUAAUCCCCUUCCAUCGUGGGCAUCAGCCAACGACUUCUGUCAGGGACAUAUUAUUGCAGCUGCAAAGAUCUGACGAAAACGAUCCGACUCAGCCUAUUGAGAGCCAGAGCAUAAGGCCAUCUCAUAAACCAGAAGAACUUCUACGCAAGGUGACGAUGAAAUCUCUCAAGUUUGGCGAGGAUAUCCGCCCUCCCUAUCAGGGAACCUAUACCCGUUGUGUGUCCGAGUUAUGCACGCGAAGACUUGCGCGAAAUCCAUUUUACCGAGGGCUGCCGGAUACCGAUUAUGAUUAUGAUUCCGAAGCGGAAUGGGAGGAACCCGAAGAAGGUGAAGAGCUGGACUCUGAAGAAGAAGAUGAGGGCAGUGACGAGGGCGAAGAUGAUCUCGAGGGAUUCCUCGAUGACGAAGACGAUGCCCCUGCCGAAGGUAAACGGCGUCUCAUUGUUGGCGACCUAGAGCCUGUCUCUACUGGAAUUCAGUGGGCUUCCAAUGGAGUCGAGCCUGAAAUGGAGGUCUAUCGGAUGGAGACGAUAUCCGAUGCGGUCAAGUAUCCCAUCGACCCCUUCUCGACUGCAUAUUGGGAGAAACCCAAGCCCGUGGAUCAAGUACCUGCGAAAGCGCGACCUGUGACAGGCAUAGAUGGAUUCCUUGUUCCCGCGGUCCCUGCAGCAGUGGCGGGUAGUGCUUUACCUCCUACAUCGAAAGCGAAACGGCCAUUCCCACCAGACCAACUCGCUGAUUUCAAGGAAGCAGUUGAAGGUAGUGAUCUUAGUAAGAUUGGGCUAGUCGAGAUUUUGAAGAAACGGUUGGUUCCCACGCUGUCUGCUAUUGGCGCAUAUACUAAUCUCGAUGUAUCUAGAUUCCCCAAGGUAUCCAAGGAUACACUCAAAGCCACCCUUGAUCAGGUUGCUGCUCGGGUCGGGCAAAAAGAAGUUGACAAGAAAUGGGUUUGUCGGUGA